CACUCGAGCAUGGGGAAGGGUGAAAGAGUCUUUUUUCCUAGGAUUGGCAAACAAGGACAAUUUUGACUUUGUUUUUCCAGAGAAUAAAAUCUUUACUCGCCUUAUCCGCCACUCAAUUUGGGAGGAAUUGAGCAGCAGCAGCAGCAGCAGGUGGAGGUCUCAGCCAUGUCGGCGGCAGGGAAACCGGUCCUGUACAGCAAAUGGUUCAGCUCCUGCUCCCAACGGGUCCGGAUCGCCCUCAACCUCAAAGGUGUGGAUUUUGAGUACAGGGCGACCAACCCCAUGACAGAUCCAGAUUAUGAGAAAAUCAAUCCUAUCAAGUUCGUCCCAGCAUUAGUAGACGGGGAUUUCGUUCUUUCUGAUUCUUUCGCAAUCAUAUUGUACAUGGAAGACAAGUAUCCUCAGCAUCCCCUCUUACCCCAGGAUCUGAAGAAGAAAGCUCUUAAUUUGCAGAUUGCAAGCAUAGUUUGUUCAAGCAUCCAGCCACUUCAGACCCAUGCCGUCAUUGGAUCGUUUCUGGGCACAAUGGGCGCCGAGGAGAGCCUUCAUAUGACUCAGCAUUAUAUUGACAAAGGCUUCAGAGCGAUUGAAAAGCUUUUGGAAGGAUGUGACACUAGAUAUGCCACCGGAGAUGAAGUCCAAAUGGGAGAUGUGUUUCUAGCACCCCAGAUCCAUGCUGGCCUGACACGCUUCCAAAUCGACAUGACAAAGUACCCAAUUUUGGCAAGGCUUCAAGAAGCUUACAGUGAGCAUCCUGCAUUUCAAGCCGCGCUUCCUCAAAACCAACCAGAUGCUCCUACAUCCGAGUAGCGAGGACUCCGAUCGGUCUUCGGUCCAUCCAUGAAACGCAACAGAAGCUGCUUGAUGUUUGCUUCACAACCGAAAAAUGCAUUAUUAUUGUUUUUAGUGUUUGAUGGUUGGUGUAUAGUGUAUAUCAUAUACGUAUGCAAUGAUGUAUGCACGGACGGCAAUAAUGGAUUUCAGUAAGCAGCAUUUCUAUCAAAUAAAUAAAGAAGCCAUGUAGUACAACAUUGCGCUGAUUAAAUAAAAUGAAGUAACAAUGCAAAA